UUGGUAACCAACUUACCUUUAAUGUAUUUUGUCAUCAUUUUAUUUUUGGGCAAGAAUUUAUGUUCACAUCUUGAUUGCCAUAUUUUUGAUUGUUUAGUUGAUGUAAAAUACCUGUAAUUAAUAAUCACUUAAUAACUACUCAGAAAAAUCAUUACCACGAGUGGAAACAUAUCAAAAACUUUUGUGAAAAUAGAAUUUAUAAUAUUUAAUUAAUAAUUACAAAAAAAGUUAUGCCUGAUAUAGACUAUGCUGAAUUAUCGGUGUCUAAUCACCACCUAUUUGCGACAUCUGUUGAGGUGUCCAACAGACUAGCAGAGCUCAGAAGGGAAUAUUCCAUCACAAGAAGAAUACUCACAGCUGUUAUUCUGUCAUUAUUGAACAUCGUCAACUUCUUCGAUAGAUCAAUAUACGGAGUGGUUCUGCCAGCUAUCAAAGAAAGUUUCCAAAUUAGCAACUCCCAGGCUGGGUUAAUUCAGACACUCUAUGUCGUCUCUAUCAUAGUAGCAGCCCCAAUGGCAGGCGUGAUUGGGCGUCGCUUCAGCCGUAAGUGGGCCAUAAUAGUGGGCAGUAUUGCAUGGUGUGCGGCUGUGAUAUGUGGCCCCCUCUUCUGUGGGGACUCCUUUACCCUUUUCUGUCUCAUCAGGGCAUGUGCAGGCAUAGGGGAGAGCUUCCUGGGAACACUCGCCAUCACUAUCUUCGCUGACUUGUUCAACGAAAAGUACAGACCCCUAGUGCUGAAUGUGUUCAUGGGUGGAAUCCUUCUCGGGGGGUCCCUGGCCUACCUUCUGGGUCCUCUAGUGAGUGAACACCUGGCAGAUGUGUGGGGUCUGCAGGGGUGGGUGUGGGUCACAAGUGGCACUGGAGUGGUGGGGGCUGUUUUCUUGAUUCCAGCUGUAUUCAUUGUUCCAGAUGUGCCCAUGCAAAGUCCAGCGGGAGGUGCAAAGAAGAAGGGUUCUAUGGCAGCUGACUUGAAGUACAUGUUCAGCUGUAAAAGCUACAUCUUUACUGUCAUCGGAUACACCUGCUUCUCAUUCACACUUGGUUCAAAACAGUACUGGGACGUCACAUUUAUCACCUACAGUUCUUACGUGAACUCAAAUAUCAACCUAGACGAAGUGAUUAACAUCAUCGCUCUCAUCGUGUUCGUCUGCGGUUGGCUUGGCUCCAUUGGACUGGGCGAAUUCGCUCGCUUCUUCAAAAACAGGGUCACCGGUACUCAGAGAAGCUCAGCCAGGUCAUCCGAUCCCUUUGUGCCUCUGGACGACAACAACAGUCCUAGGCUGUACUACAACGUAGAGGAGGGCAGUGGCAGCUCCGAACAGGAACACUCAAAUCAAUAAACCUAAUUCUAAUUAAAGAUUAGAUUUCAAUUAA